UCAGUAUGUUUCUGGCUCCUCCUCUUCCACGGGUAACAGGUGAAAGUGAAACUAUUACAGCAGGAGCCAUUUUACAGCAAGAAAAAUGAAAAUAACACCAGGAGAGAAAAUAUAAUUACAGAUUAAGUAGAAGAUUAACUCACGAGACAAUGAGUCUCACCAGAGAGACAAAAAGUUUGACUCAUGGAGAAUCUCCUGAACCCAGCUGUGUGUCCAUGAAGAGUGAUGGAUCAAUGGGUGAACCAGUUAACUUCAGUUCAGGAAGCUGUGAUGGUGCAGAUGUGAGUUUGACUCAUGGAGAAUCUCCUGAACCCAGCUGUGUGUCCAUGAAAAGUGAUGGAUCAAUGGGUAAAACACCUAACUUCAGUUCAGGAAGCUGUGAUGGUGCAGAUGUGAGUUACACAACAGAGGGAUCCAAAAUGUUCAAAGUCAAGCCCAUGGACUCUGUUUUCCAGGAGCUUGAGCACAAACUCGUCUCUCUGAUGAAGAAAGAGCUGAAGAUCUUCAAGAGUCUACUGAGUCCAGAUUACCCAUCAUGCUCUGAGAGAGAAGAGGAGGAUGAUGAAGAUCAGAUCAGAGUCAGAGAGAUGUUUCUGAAGAUCACACUGAACGUCCUGAAGAAGAUGAAGCAGACAGAUCUCGCUAACAAACUACAGACCAAAUGUGCCCCUGUAUACAUGAAGAAACACAAAUCCAGACUAAAAGAGAAAUUCCAGAGAAUGAAUGAAGGAAUCUCAGCUCAAGGAAGCUCAACACUUGUGAAUGAGAUCUACACAGAUCUGUACAUCACAGAGGGAGGGAGUGAGGACAUCAAUAAUGAACAUGAGGUGAGACAGAUUGAGACAGCAUCCAGAAGAUCAGAGACACAAGAAACACAAAUCAAAUGUAAUGACAUCUUUAAAGUCUCACCUGAACAAAACAAACCCAUCAGAAGUGUGCUGACUAAAGGAGUCGCUGGAAUUGGAAAAACAGUCUCUGUGCAGAAGUUCAUUUUGGACUGGACUGAAGGAAAAACAAAUCAAGAUCUUCACUUCAUAUUUCCACUUCCUUUCAGAGAACUGAAUCUGAUCAAACAGAAAAAUAUCAGUCUGAUCGAUCUUCUUCAUCAGUUCUUCACAGAUUCAAAAGAACUGAGAUCAACAGACUUUGAUGAUUAUAAAGUUGUGUUUAUCUUUGAUGGUCUGGAUGAGUGUCGUCUUCCUCUAGAUUUCUCAAAGAAUCCGAGUUUGUUUGAUGUCAGAGAAUCAGCGUCAGUGGAUGUGCUGCUGACAAACCUCAUCAAGGGGAAUCUGCUUCCUUCUGCUCUGAUCUGGAUCACCUCUCGACCAGCAGCAGCCAAUCAGAUUCCUCCUGAGUGUGUUGAUCUGAUCACAGAUGUACGAGGAUUCAAUGACCCUCAGAAGGACGAGUAUUUCAGGAAGAGAAUCAAUGAUGAGAGUCUGGCCAACAGAAUCAUCACACACAUGAAAUCAUCCAGAAGUCUGUACAUCAUGUGUCACAUCCCAGUCUUCUGCUGGAUUUCAGCCACUGUUCUCCAGAGAAUGUUGAGUGAAGCAGAGAGUCAAGCACAGAUCCCCAAGACUCUCACUCAAAUGUUCACACACUUCCUGAUGUUUCAGACCAAACUGAAGAGUCAGAAGUAUGAUGGGAAAUGUGAGGUAGAUCUUCAGCAGGCUAGAAAGAGUCUUGAGUCACUGGGAAAACUGGCUUUUCAACAGCUGGAGAAAGGGAACCUGAUCUUCUAUGAGGAGGAUCUGAGAGAGUGUGACAUUGAUGUCAGAGAAGCGUCAGUGUACUCAGGAGUUUGUACUCAGAUCUUUAGAGAGGAGUUUGGACUGAACCUGGGGAAGGUGUUCAGCUUUGUGCAUCUGAGCGUUCAGGAGUAUCUCGCUGCUUUAUUUGUGUUUCUGUCAUUUCUUCAGCAAACAUCAGGACUCUUCAGCAGAUUGAGAUCAAAUAUGAGUGAUUUACUGAAGAGUGAAGUGGACAAGGCCUUACAGAGUGAGAACGGACACCUGGAUCUUUAUCUCAGAUUUCUUCUGGGUCUUUCCCUGGAGUCCAGUCAGACAAUCUUACGAGAUCUGAUGACACAGACAGGAAGAAGCUCUGACAGUAAACAGGAAAUAGUCGAGUACAUUAAGAUGAAGAUCAGAGAGAAUCUCUCUCCAGAGAAAUCCAUCAAUCUGUUUCACUGUCUGAAUGAACUCAAUGAUCAUUCUCUAGUGCAGGAAGUACAAACAUAUGUGAACAGAGGAGAUAAGUCUAGUCUUACUGGAGUCCGUCUCUCUUCUGCUCAGUGGUCGGCUCUGGUGUUUGUGUUACUGAACUCAGAAGAGAAGCUGGAUGAGUUUAAUCUGAGGAAAUAUGAUCCAUCAGAUGAAUGUCUUCUGAGGCUUCUGCCAGUGAUCAAAGCAUCCAGAACAGCUGAUCUGAGUCGCUGUAAUCUGACUGAGAAAAGUUGUUCAUCACUGGCGUCAGUUCUCAGAUCAAACUCCUCAAAUCUGACAGAACUGAACCUGAGUGUCAAUAAUCUGAAGGAUUCAGGAGUGAAGCUGCUCUCUGAUGGACUGAAGAAUACAAACUGUAAACUGAAGACAUUAAAUGUCUGUUAUCUGACUGAGAAAAGUUGUUCAUCACUGGCGUCAGUUCUCAGAUCAAACUCCUCAAGUCUGACAGAACUGAACCUGAGUGAAAAUAAUCUGAAGGAUUCAGGAGUGAAGCUGCUCUCUGAUGGACUGAAGAAUACAAACUGUAAACUGAAGACAUUAAAUCUGAGUUACUGUAAUCUGACAGAGGAAAGUUGUUCAUCACUGGCGUCAGUUCUCAGAUCAAACUCCUCAAGUCUGACAGAACUGAACCUGAGUCACAAUAAACUGAAGGAUUCAGGAGUGAAGCUGCUCUCUGAUGGACUGAAGAAUAAAAACUGUAAACUGAAGACACUUAAUCUGAGUGACUGUAAUCUCACAGAGGAAAGUUGUUCAUCACUGGCGUCAGUUCUCAGAUCAAACUCCUCAAGUCUGACAGAACUGAACCUGAGUCACAAUAAUCUGAAGGAUUCAGGAGUGAAGCUGCUCUCUGAUGGACUGAAGAAUACAAACUGUAAACUGAAGACACUAAAUCUGGCGUUCUGCAGUAUUGGAUCUGAAGGUUGUGUUGCUCUGACUUCAGCUCUGAGAUCAAACCCCUCACAUCUGACACAACUGGAUCUGAGAUAUAAUAAUCCAGAAGAUUCAGGAGUGAAGCUGAUCUCUGAUCUACUGAAGGAUCCACACUGUCAACUACAGACACUAGUUCUGAGUGGCUGUAAUCUGACAGAGAAAAGUUGUUCAUCACUGGCGUCAGUUCUCAGAUCAAACUCCUCAAGUCUGACAGAACUGAACCUGAGUGACAAUAAACUGAAGGAUUCAGGAGUGAAGCUGCUCUCUGAUGGACUGAAGAAUACAAACUGUAAACUGAAGACAUUACAUCUGAGUCGCUGUUAUCUAACAGAGGAAAGUUGUUCAUCACUGGCGUCAGUUCUCAGAUCAAACUCCUCAAGUCUGACAGAACUGAACCUGAGUAUCAAUAAACUGAAGAAUUCAGGAGUGAAGCUGCUCUCUGAUGGACUGAAGAAUACAAACUGUAAACUGAAGACACUAAAUCUGUCUGGUUGCAGUAUUGGAUCUGAAGGUUGUGUUGCUCUGACUUCAGCUCUGAGAUCAAACCCCUCACAUCUAACACAACUGGAUCUGAUCUAUAAUAAUCCAGAAGAUUCAGGAGUGAAGCUGCUCUCUGAUCUACUGAAUGAUCCACUGUCAACUACAGACACUGGACUACAGAAAUUAAAGUGUUAGUCUUAUUUACUGCUAGAUAUGAUACUUAACUUUCCUGUGGCUCAGUGGUUCGAUCAUGGUGCUAACAACGCCAAGGUCAUGGGUUCGAUAACAGGGAUUGCACAUAGUCAGAAACAAAUGUAAAGUAUAUUACAAUGUAAAUAGCUUUGGAUAAAAGUGUCUGCCAAAUGCAUAAAUGCAAAUAGCUGUUUGCGUAGUUGAAGCCUUCCGUGAAUUUGGUUUGAGACAUAACGUUAGGUUACACAUUAGAACCAUUCACAGUUUUCGCACAGCAUUAUAAUUAAGUGGAGACCUCCUGUGAUUACGUCAGUAUUACGUCAGUAUUUACGUCAGUAUUUCAGGUGACGCAAUUUUACUCAAAUUUACUGUCUUAAUUCCGGAUGUGAUGGCAAGGCUUUGCAUAUAGUUUGUAUAGCCUAUAGUUGUAAUGCGUUUAAUGAUAUAUGACAGUACCUGUCAGCUUUUGAGACCAGUGAUCCCGAACCGAACAAAAGAUCACUGCAAACUCUUGUUUUAAUUUUACGAGAGUUUCCAUGACAAAUAAACAAACAGGAGACUCCCGGUAACUUUUAUAUCCCCCAGAACCAAAAUAAUACCAAAACUCUUCAAAAUUUCCAUAAUUCGCAAACGGUGUGUAAAACCUUAAAAAAUGACAUAUGCCUAAUGGGUGAGUCCGCCCCUGGCUACGCCAUUAUUGUUGUUUCGAUCGUCCGCCCUCUAGCGCGUUUUUUACAAACUGAAGCUUUAAUUGUCUGUUGACUUCAUUAUCAGCCAGUUGGUCUGCACAUUGCCGCGGCAUAGAAUUAAACACGCUUAUUGUGCCGUGCUGCUUCCAGUAGUAAAAAAUGCCAAUUUGCACACCUAAAACAGGGCAUCUGUGGAUGAGAGUACAAAGCAAGGACUGAUGGGGCACUUCACAAACGAUAAGUGAAAUGAAAAUGUUAGAAUAACAUGGCCAUAGAUUUGGACACAACAGUGAUUGAUUUCCUUCAACAACAGCUUGUUCCGAUCGUACACAUUGUCAUUGGAUCAUUUCAACGUCAUUGCACAUGCGCAGUACUUUGUGGUUCAGUUUGCAAUAGUCUAGUCCCCUCAAAUGGAUUAAAAAAGGUAUAACCCAGUGGUGUAGUUUAGUUUUUUGUAGCGAGUAUACUCUGAUUCCCUCCAGCCUACUCAUCCGUCCCAGGUCGACAACCCAUGAGUUAACUGCUGGUCAGAGAGGGAUGCAAAAAAAAUAAAGCAUGUACUGAGAAUGAGGUAUGAGAAUAUUGUGUAAUAAUAGCUAAGUACACACCAUAUAUGUUAGCUAGCUAAUCCAUUGAAAUGUAUUUAGCUAUAACUAUCAGUGUAACAAGUUACCAAAGCAGCCAUCUGUUUUGCUAGUUCAUUUUUCAAUAGUGUCUGUAAUUAUCAAUGACAAAAGUAUUCACAUUGAUGUUUUUUUUCUUCCUAAAAUAAUCUGAUUUUUGAACGAAUUGAAUGAAUGAAUAAUUUAAGUGUCUCACUCAUUAAAACAGUGAAUCGCUGCCGCCUACUGGCGCUUUCAAAACUUAAUUUCUUUCUUUUUAUAAUCUCUUCUGUGUUAGAAUUUAUGUCAGUUUAACAUACUGUAACACGAUUCAGACAUGGAAGGGAGGAGGCGGGAACCGGCAAACAUUUAACAAAGUUUUAAAAUAAAUAAUAACAGCCGGCGGCCCCUCACGGACGACCGUCGGCGAACAAAACAUAAAUACAAAACACAAGACCAUAACUACAAACGUAAAACAUGUUCGGGCCCGGUCCUCUCUCUCUACGACGGUCCGGUCGCUCGCUCUCUUUUAUGCUCCCAAUCUCCAUGUGAUUCGAGCCUGGUGUGCGCACAGCUGGCGCUCAUUCACAAUUACUCACCGGUCUCGAACCACGGUCUCGCCCCGCCUACUCCACUACACAUACAUUCUAAAUCAUUACAUCUUACAGACAUCUUCUAACAGGAAACGUCCUAUAGACGUAUUGCAGAUGAGCAAACACUCUAAAAAAUAUGUCUUCCAGAUGUAAACACACACAUCAAAUAGACGUCUCCGUGAUGUCCGUGUGCUAUCUGGGACGUUCAAUGUUCAAACCAAAUCUACGCCAAUGGUAUAAUCUAUCACUCCCUUUCUCCCUCAUGUAUUGAUUCACCACACAAACUAACAUUUGUGAAGUUGGCUGGUAAGAUACAAUUAAACAUGCCAAAAAAACAUUUCAGUUAUGUUAUUGAUAACAAAUAUGCUUUUUUUAUGCAAACACUUUGAUCUAAAGCAACAUUUAUCAGUAUGGUUCAAGUAUCUUGUGGUUCAAUACAUGCUCUAUAUACAAGCUUGUACUGGCAAUGAAUGUCUUGUUACACAAAGUAACACAGAUUUCCUGAGAUAUGUUUUAUUGUCAACACACUUGCUCACCACAGAUGCUCUUGCACCAAGGGGUUCGAGCGUGAAGCCCUGUUAAAAGUCUUUUACAUCUAUGAAUUACAUUUGACAGUCAUGUUAAAUAUGCUAAAAGGCCUUCUCAAGUAGUAAUCAAAACAUGUUAAACUUUUUUAUCUGUAACAGGGGCCAUUUCUGAAAUGGAUGUGACCAACUGAACCUGAAAAGCCGAUUCCCCUUGACAAAUUGUCCAAAUUACUAUUUGAUAUUAAGGAACAUUAUAUGUAUUUACUAUAUGUGCAUAUGUGUGUAUGUACAUUAUGGGUUGUCUGUAUGAACCAUUAAUAACCAUCCCUGUAAUUUUUCUGGGUGUGGAGGAGUAUCAUCCAUUAUGGAUGUGUUAGUCGAAAUGCUUUAAACUGCUCGAACCCCGGUUACUGCUGCUUGCAGCUAUAUUUUAUCAACAGUCUUAUUAUCAAGCUCUGUCAGUGUGGCUUCUAAUGGACCGCAGAUUGUGACUAAAAACCUUGAAUUUUUAACUAUGUUAAAGAUUUUGAUAUCCUUUAGGUGCUUGAGAAGUCUCUGGUUGGAUUAGUCCACUCUUAUGAGCAGAUAUGAACAUAUACAUUCAGAGGUUUAAAAUGUCUCUUUUAGGUUCUGAAAUAACAGAACACAUAUUGGCAUGUCCCAUUUAAAACAGCAUCUUCUCUGUGCUCUCAGUGCAUUAUUGAGCAAUCAGGUGCAUGUUCAGUGUUUAACUCGUGCUACACAGUAGCUGGAGGUGAAUUGUCGGGGGCCAAUUCCUCUAGAAAGCAAACAGAACAAGAAGAACAAAAUAAAUGAAGCAUUCAAAUAUAA